CGCACCGCGUUCAGUUUUCCGCAUUGGUGUCGGUUUCGGUUUCAGUUCGCUUGUGGACGUGCGUGCGGCAAGAACCUGCUGGAAAAGCCUCGGAACGGACCUGGUUAAUGGUUAACGGUUUUGGCCACUGAUUCCUGGUAACUGGCUAGUGUGGCGGACAGACGGCAGGAUCUGUGGAUUGCUGCGAAUGUGCCAAUAUGUCAGCGCCGCGUAUGUGGGUGUGUGAGUGAGUGUGUGGGUGUGAGACAGUGUCCUUGGGCGGACUAACAGGUUCCCCGUCUUCCCAAGUGUUAAAGUGCGGCCAAAAGUUUUUCGUGGUAAAAAAAAUACGAUAAAAAGUCUCAAAUCUGCUGUCGCCUCUGAUUUAAGCUGAAAGUUUGCCCAAAGGAUUAAAAAAGCCAUUUCGGACUUGUCAUAGUCAAAGGACAACGAGGUGCCGUGGGCCAAAUGUGUAUAAGGACUAUGGAAAGGGAGAAGUGAGGCAGAGCUAAAACCAUAAACCCAAACGAACAAGCUUAGUUCUGAGUGCAAAAAACACAAGAGGAAGAGGAAGUGCAUCCUGCGCCCAAGUCUAAUUAGAAGGCAACAGAUUGCUCAUACGCCGUGUGGAUCGCGAGUGCUUUAGUGUCCGUGUAUACAUAAGUACAUAUGUGUGUGACAGCAUUUUGUAAAAUCUAAAACAUAAAAAUACUGAAAGCUUAAGUUUUUGUUCGAUUUGCUGGCGGGCCGUCGAAUAAUUAGUUUGGCAUGCGGCUGCUGUUGCCACAACUGUUGCAUGCAACAUGGAUGGCGAAAAUCGGAUCAUACUCAAUGUAGGCGGAAUAAGAUAUGAAACCUACAAGGCCACGCUCAAGAAAAUCCCCGCAACACGUCUAUCCCGACUGACCGAAGCCCUGGCCAACUACGAUCCGGUGCUCAAUGAAUACUUUUUUGAUCGCCACCCCGGGGUCUUCACCCAAAUCCUCAACUAUUACAGAACUGGAAAACUGCACUAUCCAACUGACGUGUGUGGCCCGCUUUUCGAGGAAGAGCUGGAAUUCUGGGGACUCGACUCAAAUCAGGUAGAACCUUGCUGUUGGUCAACAUAUAGCAUACAUCGCGAUACGCAAAACACCUUAGCCAUAUUAGAUAAGCUAGAUAUUGAAAAUGAGAAGCCCACGGAGGAGCAGAUAGCUCGUCUAUUUGGCUUUGAGGAGGCACUGAGCAACGGCGAGCUCAACUGCUGGCAGCGUAUAAAACCCAAGAUCUGGGCCAUGUUCGAUGAGCCAUCCAGCUCCACGGGUGCCAAGAUCGUUGCUGGCAUGUCGGUUUUCUUUAUAUUUGUUUCUGUGAUAUCAUUCUGCCUGAAGACCCAUCCUGGCUUUCGUGUCGAUCUGCCCUCCGGAGCCCACGAUGCCCACGGACCAGGUGCGGGUGGUCCACCCCACGGACACGAUCCCAUGGGAGAACCACCGCAGACCCAUCAGUACCAUCAGCACAGCAUCACGCCGCCCAGCGGCAGCAUCGGACCCACCUUUCGUGUCACAAACUACACGAGCUACAGCAGCGGCAACUUUACCGCUCCUGGCCAGGCCACGCCCAUUGCCACCAUUAAGGGCGGCCAGCGGCAGCGACUGAAACGGAAUAUCAACGGAAGUAUCCUGAACGAGUUCAUCGAAGAGAAGAUAUUGGGCCACAAUGGGAGGAGAAAACACGGAUGGAUUGAGACCUAUGGGCAGCCACACGAGGCCUUCUUCUACGUGGAAUUGGUCUGCAACGUCUGGUUCUUCAUCGAGGUCAUCAUUAGGCUGAUUGUCUCCCCCAAUUUGUGGCAGUUCAUAAAAUCGCCGGUGAAUAUCAUUGAUUUUACGGCCACCUUGAGCUUUUACACGGACGUAAUGCAGCGUAUGGGUGAAUAUACGGGUCUUCUGGAGGCCUUUUCCAUCGUUAGGAUUAUGCGACUGUUCAAGCUGACUCGCCAUUCACCGGGCCUGAGAAUCCUCAUCCACACAUUCAAGGCUUCGGCCAAGGAGCUUACUCUGUUGGUGUUCUUCCUCGUCCUGGGCAUAGUGUUCUUCGCCAGUUUGGCGUACUAUGCGGAGAAGUUGCAGGACAAUCCGGACAACCAGUUCAAGAGCAUACCUUUGGGUCUGUGGUGGGCCAUCGUGACCAUGACCACCGUGGGAUAUGGCGAUGUGGCGCCCAAAACCUAUCCGGGCAUGUUUGUGGGUGCCCUCUGUGCUCUGGCCGGUGUGCUGACCAUUGCCCUGCCCGUGCCCGUCAUCGUUAGCAACUUCUCCAUGUUCUACUCCCACACUCAGGCUCGCUCCAAGCUGCCCAAGAAGCGACGACGUGUUCUGCCCGUGGAGCAGCCGCGCCGCAAGAGGGAGCCCACCGCUCCGCAUCGCGGAAGGACGAACGCCAUCAAACAGACGCCACCCACUGGGCCGGGAUUGGUGGCCGGUGGCGUGGGUCCAGUGGGAGCAGGCGGGGCGGGACUCGGUGGCCAUGCGGUGGGUCAUCCCGCUGCAGGGGCGCCAAUGUUUAAGGACGCAUUCGGCGGUGCCAAAAUCGGCACCGUGAACGUGAACGGCGUCAAUGUCAUUGGCCUGCAUCCUGCGCAAAGGACGACGACCACGAUGGCGAUGGCGAUGAAUGAGGCGGACCCGACGCCGAUGUCGGCGUUGACCUACCAAGUGCCUAUGCUCCAACCCACGCCCCCGGCCGCCCAGAGUCACGGCCACGCCCAUGGCCACGCCCACGGCCUUGGCCCAGCGUCGGCGGCGAUGACGUCAUCGGCAUCGCUAACAGGCUCAGCUGCCUCAGCAGCCGUUGCCACAGCCGCCGCAGCCGCCCCCGCCGGCCCCUCGUUCAUCAGUUCGGACUACUUGAGCGUGCCGGCGGUGCAGAGCCUCCAGCCGCGGGCGGCGACGACUGGCCACGACUUCAUGCUGCCGCUCCAGCCAAAACUUCUGGGCCCCCUGGAACGCAAGGAUCAGCAUCCGCUGCAACUGACUGCCCACAAUUUGGCCUCGGACACGCACCAGCUGAUGUACUCGGGCCACGCCCACUCGCAGCACAAGGUGGGCGGUGGGGCAGCGGUGCUGAAUGUGCCGCCCACGUUGAGCAUGUCGCACACCCAGAUGCCCCCCGGAAUCGCCAGCAUGGGUCAGCGGACGCCCAAUCUGAGUUUCCGGCCCGCUCACGGGGCGUCCUCCCAGGUGGCCACUCUCCAGCAGCCCAUUCCGCACUCCCAUGCCUGCCACGCCUCCACGAACUGCAACAUCAAGAUUUCGGUUGCCUCCGCCGGCAUUUCGGUGGGAUGUCCGGAUGAGUUUCGGACUCCCAAGGUGACGCUGCUGGACGAUCUCAGCGACGAUGUCAACUCCUCGACGGAUGACUGCGGGGACUGUUGUCUGGUGGACGACAGCGAUACCUACGAGGGCACCACCAUCAACAAUGGUCCAAGUGGCCAGGAGAACGGAACGGAAGCCAUUGGCCUGGACGAUGGCCUUCUGGAUAACGAUGGGGAGGAUGAGGAGGACGGCGAGGGCAGCGGCGUGGGCGGGGAUAGCGGCGAUAGUCUCGGAGGGAUCUACAUUGGUCCCAGGCAUUGAUUGCCGGACAUUAGCUGGGAUUUCCGCAACUGAAACGGACUUACCAACUUCUGACAGUACUGCCUAAAACAGCUCCAAAACUGCGGUAAAAGUAGGGAAAAGGAUUAAAGUUUGAAAGCUUUCUAGAGUAUGUAUAAUGUGAAUGAAUGGUUUAAAGCAGUGUGCUAUCCUAACCUUACUGCUGAAUGCAACUUUAUCUGGCUAAAAAGGAACAUUCUUACGAACUUUAAAGCCAAGGUCAAUCAUACACAAGCCCUUGUCCAAUUUCAUUGCCAUUGGUCACUUAAACUUUCCGUACCUCUAUUACUUUUAUCAAAUUCAGCUAAUGCAGUUAUUCCAAAGUUCUUUAUUUCUGUAAUCUUCUUAAGAAACAUAUAAAAGUUAAGGUCGUGGCCAAGUAAAUACUUUAAGUUCGAAUGUCAUAGGAAUUAAGAAUAGCAAAGUUGGCUAAGUGUUUUCAAACGUCCACUUAAGUGAAACUAUUAGAAAAAUCAUGUUUAAUGGUAUCAGAGAUUUUAAAGUCGUAACGAAGAGUUCUUAAUGCUUAUUUCAAAGUUUUCGAAAAGAAGAUUGUGAAGAUCACUGCCUCUACAUUUGUAAACUUUUCAAAUUAACUUUUACGGCACUGAGAUAAUUAUCCAUUAAUUUUAAGACGGGACACAUACAGUUCGCAACCAUUUAUCAGCACUUUUAAUCAAUCUUUGCGCUCUACUUACACCAUGCUAUAAACAACAUUCCUUGUCCGGCCAAGACAAACAUCCGUAACAUUUGUAUCAGUGUCCUUAUAACUGUCAUGUUGACAACUGUCAUUGGCAGCGUGCAUGGAGGAUUGUUUGCGUGCGUGUGUGUGUGCAGCCGGGCACGUCCUGGCAAGGUCCUGCAAACAAAGGAAGAGUGAGUCUGCAAAUGGACGGGGGUCAGAAGAGGAGGAGCUACCCGCAUACAAGGCAAACAUAUCGUCCACAUAAAUGUGACCACUUGUGUGCAGACAGUCAGAGAUAGAGCACCACCCACUUUCGCCAUUUCCCAAGCACUCCCAUUUUCCUGUCCCGUCAAGGUGUUUAUUGUGCAAAUCUUGGGGCAAGAAUUGCAUGGCCAACUAUAAAUUCCCACACUUGACUCUCACGCUCCGUUUGCCGGAUCAGUCCCUGAAUCAUGGCCAAAAAGUGUCAUCGGGCUUGUUUAUCUGACACAUUGACUGCCACCAUUUCAAUGAACUGGCGAGCAAAAACUGUGUCGACAAGACGCACACAAAAGGCGACGACAGCCAAAAACUAAAACGGCGACGACAUUCGUGUCCUUGCUCUCCUGACCCAUCCCAUUCCAUACCAUCCGAUCCUUACAGCCGCCCACUUCCACCCAGCGCGAUGGCGGUUUGUGUGGUUGACCUUGUAAAUAGUUUUUUGGGGGUCGCUGUGUUAAGUUUUCACUCUUCGACAUUUAUUUCCAUAAAUGUUAAUUGAUUUAUGCAUGGAUGCUGAAAAAUGAAUAAGCUGAACGCAAGGAAAUGUAAAUAUUUGGCCAUGACGGUCAAGAACUAACCAAAUGAAAACGAAACUGAACAUAAAGAAAGACAGUAGCAAACAUAUUUGACUUUAAAUAAGGUUCAAUGGUAAUUUUUGGUCCAAUAUUUAUAGUUUUUGAUGUGCUAAAAACGAUUAACAAAAUGACGAACAAUUUUGAUUCAGAUUCUUAGGUAAGGAGGGGCUUUAGAAGUACAAAGCUACUUAAACCACAGCUUCUUGUAAGUCUAGGUGGAAAAUAGAUGGAAAUGUAGAUUUAAAUAGAUAUCAUGCCCAAACAAUGAGGUGAGGGAGGUGAUUCCAAUUAGUCAGUAAAGUAAAAUCCGCUGGUCUGAAUGUGCGUCGUUCUAAAUUAAAUCUUUAUUAAUUAGCUAAUCUCUGAUAAAAAGUUAAAUAAUUGCCUAAUUGUUGUGUAAGGGUAUUCCCGGAUUCGGCUUGCCGAUUACACCUUUUUUCUCAUUAAGAUAUGGAUUCAUUACUUUAAAUUGUAUAAGAGAAAUGUUGCUUUAACUGUUCAAUUUAGAAAAACACAUAUUUUCUUAUAUUACAAAACAAAAAUUUGGUGUUGCGAAAAUUCCGAAGAGUAUAUAAAUAUGUAUUGUUAAUUCGUAACACACUUUUUAAAUAAAGGUUACAUUUAAAUACUUUUACAUAAUCUUAAAUGAGAAAGGAAAUGAAAUGAUAUAAAAGAUACUGCUCGUUGAAAUAAGAUUGUUUCAAUAGGAAUAUAGUUAGUUUAAAAAACACAAGUGAGAUACUAAACUAAUAUUAAACUUUUGCCUAGCAAAUAACUAAGUUUAGACCGGUCAAUGCAGAAAAAAUAUUGCAUACAGAAGAAAUAAAUCCUUUUGAAAGAAAUCACCCACCAUAGACAGGAAACAAGAACCCGGCUGAAAGUAAAUUAAAAGAAUUUUGGAAGCAUAAUCUGUGUGUAUAUAGAUAAUCUCAAGAACAACCUAAAUUUCAUUAGUUAAAUGUCGA